AUGCCUACCGUCUGGUUCUGCUGCAAGUGCCAGUUCGGCCCUCACAACGUUCAACUCUACGUUUCUUGCAUCAGCUGUGGUGCAGAGCGCUGCUCCCGCUGCGCGACGGAAGACACCAAGACUUUCGACUCUCUGAGCACACACUCUCACUCUCACCCCGGCAGCUGCCACGAGAGCUCACCGUACCCUGCUGCUGUCUCCAUUCACACUGUUCGUCGACCAUCCUUUGACUCCGAGCCCAUGUCGCCUACCAGCUUCACCGAUCUACCUGGAGUUCGACCAAUAGGCCGGGUUGGCCUCGGUCUCGCUGCGCCUUUACCCACUUCCGGCAGCAGCCAACACUCGCAGCAAGUGUACAGCCACACGUAUAUGUAUAUCUGCUGCAAUUGCAAUGACGGCCCGAAGGUUUACAACGUUCAACCGGUCUGCGUUGUCUGCCACCAUCAGGCUUGCAGCGCCUGCACUCAUGUCAAGUGA